AUGGAUAAAGAAAGUGUUGAGUUGGAAAUCAGAGAGAUUGUCGGCGAGCUGGUAAACAAAGUGGAUGAAAUGGAGAAAAGCGAAGCUGAGAAUAAGGUCCAAGUAGGCGGAGCUUCGCUGAAAGUCUUGACCAAGGCCGUGACGGAGGGAAAACGGCGUUUUAAGGGUGGUGUGACUCGUGUCAAAUUAGAAUGUGGAAAUUCCUAA